CCGUUAUAAUUAAAAUUGUCAGUUUGUAAAAGAGCGACCACAUAAAACGCUUGAAGCUUAUCUCCCUAACAUAAAUCUUCUUCUCAGGACGCACUGAACUCACUCAUCAAUGGCUGCAAUCCCCUUUGCUCCGACGACUAAUUCUCGAUUUCUUACGCCGUCGUUUUACCUUAAUUGCCCUGCUUUCCCUUCUUUCUGUCUCAGUAAAUUGUCUUGCUUUCCGCUCCGCCGUAAAUCUCCCCUCUUACUCAGCUGCUGCUGUGGUUCUCUUACUAUCAAUGGCAAUCAAUUGACAAGCGCGAUAACGGACUUGAGUAUGCUGCUAUUCCCUUUAUUUCAAGAAUUAGGGCUGAAUGAGAAGGAGACUGAAUCAAUUUUAAACAACAAUAACAAUGCAGAUCUUAGAAUAACCUCAUUUGAAUCAAUUCGCAGCAGAGCUCAGUUGUUGCAAUCUACUGGCAUAAACGCCCUCUCCCUUUCCAGAUUAAUCCUUAAAAAUCCCUACAUAUUAACAUCUGAAGAAAUCGGUGCACUGCUUUGCUUCAUUACCAAUGAUAAAGAUUUAGGGCUAAAAGGCCAAAUGAAGCCUUCCCAGGUGGAGCGUCUGUUGAAGGCAACAAACUUCGGAUUCGUAGCAGGAUUCGAGGAAAAGGUUCAGCUGCUACUUCAAUUCGGCAUUCCCAGAGAAAAGCUCGUCCACGUUCUCAACCACGUCAAUCUUACCAAGGCAUUGUGUGUGAAGCCAUUGGAUGAAAUCGAGAAAACGCUCGCCUUUUUACAACGUUUUGGAGGCGUUGACUUAAUCGUGUGUAGGCCCACCGUCCUUAAUUACGAUCUGCAGACUCAAUUGCUACCGAGAAUGGGAUUUUUGUUAGAGUUGAGCAGUGGUGAUGAGGAUGCCACUCGCACUGUAGUGCGUAAAUUCCCCUCCAUAUUGUCAUACACAGUCGACCACUUGAAGAACCACGUUGAGUUCUUCGAGUCCUAUGCAGGUCUCAGCCGUGAGGAGUUUUUCCGAAUCGUGCUCGUUUUCCCGGGAUUAUUCAGUUCGAGCGUGGAAAGGAAACUCCAGUCCAGGAUCGAUUUUCUGAAGCAGUGUGGACUGAGUCCAAAGGACAUACUCAGAUUCUUGAUAAAGGCGCCUUUGUUCCUGAGCCUCUCGUUCGAGGGGAACCUCGCGAAUAAAUUGGUGGUGUUGGUGAAAAUCGGGUAUGAAAAUAGGAGUCGGGGGCUGGCUUACGCAAUGGGGGCUGUGACGAGGUGCAGCUGCAGGAAUGUGCAGGAAGUGAUUGGGGUUUUGUUGAAUUACGGGUUGACUUGCGAGGAUAUUAUGGAGAUGAGCGUUAAGCAUCCGCAGGUUUUGCAGUACAAUCACGUGUCUUUGGAGGAGAAAAUGAGAUAUUUGGUUGAGGAAAUGGGGCGUGAGGUCCGGGAGCUCUUGUCCUUUCCCGCCUUUCUCGGGUACAAGCUCGAUGGCCGGAUAAAGCACCGGUAUGAAGAGAGAAAGGAGGUUUUGGGUGAGGGGAUGUCCAUCAACAAGCUUUUGAGUAUGUCGGCUGUCGAAUUCUCGUCCAAGGGAAAGAUGAGAGUGAGGGUCGAUUAGGGAAAAUUUUUACCGAAUUUCAAAUGCCCACGCUUCAGAUUUGUUUGUUGUUUCCAAGCUAAUCUUCGGGCUCUAACAAUUAUAGAGAGUGAGGGAGAAUGAUGGGAGUUUUUCACAUGAAAUCGCUUUAACCCUUCUCGACGUUUGAAGUUAUGGUAAAUGAUGAUCGUAAUUCUCAUUUGGAAUGGCGCUCAGGAGAAGGAGAAAAAGAUGAGAAUUGCUGUGUGUGCUAAAUGAAGAUGAGACUGGUGUGGUGUAUCUUCUGCCUAAAACGAACUGAGAUGCUCAGGUCCAGCACAUUUUCAAUCUACAUUUGGAUUUUUAUUUAUAUUAUUAUUAUUAUUUUUGGAAUUAGCAUGGCAACAGUGAAGAAAAUGAGUAAAACUGUUCAGAUGUAAUGGAAAUAUUGUUGAAUUUGUAAAUCAGUAACAUGGUGUAAAACAAAAUUCUGAAAAACCAGGAAGUAAGUACUAGUUUACGUUAUAAUUUGUCUGAUCCUGAUUUGGAUAGCAACAGCCAGUGCUCUAUCGACUGUUGUCCCCAUAGUUUACUUCUAAACUCUGAAGAAAUUGUGG